AUGGUCCGUCUCAAGUCAAGAUACCUACUAUUUGAAAUACUGGACCCUGAGCCAGGAGAGACUUUCUAUGAGGAUCGAAAGAAUGCCAUUUUGGCUUUGCACAGACCAUGCGAUCCAAAAAUCACCCCCAAACUGCUAGUGCAGGAAAUCAGGAAGAGUUUACAAACAAAUUUUGGUGACUAUGGACUAUCAACAGCAGGCUCUUUAUCCAUCAAAUACUUUUCAAAUCGCACAUGCACAGGAAUCAUCCGAGUACACAGAGAAAAUGCACGUCACGUUGUGGCAGCGUUAACUUUUAUAAGCCAACUUCGAGGCCAAGAUGUUAUAAUCAAAUGCUCAAGCAUAAGCGGGUCGAUCAAGAAAUGCGAAGAUAGAGCCAUCCAGAUCUCGAAAUCCCUCAUGGUGGAAGUGAACUUACUUGGACUGUUUGAAGAAGACGAAGAUAACUCCUCCAACAAGGAACCCGUCCACGUCGGUCUUGUCCUUGAAGUCUUUGGCGUUCUUACCGCUCACAGAGCCACCGUACAAGAUUCUGACGCUCUCGGAUUGGGAACCGAUAACAGUACUCAAGUACUCUCUAAUGUCCUUGUGGAUUUCUUGUGCGUCUUCUGCGGUGGCAGCAAGACCGGUACCAAUAGCCCAAACAGGCUCGUAAGCGAUGACGAUGUUGGUCCAGUCGGAGACAACAUCGGUCACAGCCUUCAACUGUCUCUUGCAGACCUCGAGAGUCUUUCCAGCUUUCUUCUCCUCCAAGGUCUCACCAAUACACAAGAUCACCUUCAAACCGGAGUCCAAAGCAAACUUGGUCUUCGAAGCGAUCAAUUCGUCGGUCUCCUUGAAAAUGGUUCUUCUCUCAGAGUGUCCCAAGAUAACCCAUGGAAUACCCAAGUCCUUCAAAGAGACUGCGGAGAUUUCACCGGUGUAAGCACCGGAGGCCUUGUCAAAGCAGUUUUGGGCAGAAAUCUCAACGGUGGAUUGCUUGUUGUGCUCAGAAGCCCAGAAAAGGUAUGGGGCUGGAGGAGCAAUCACAACCUCCACAUUUGA